GAGGAGGGCGAAUCCGCAACUCUCUUGGAGUCGGCGUUUGUGUGAACGGUCAGUUUAUUGUGUCGUCUCCUCACAAAAAUGUCUGCCUGCCGGCUUGGAAAAGUGAUCCCCAAGACAAGCAUCCUGUUCUUGUGUGACAUGCAGGAGAAAUUCCGACCAAACAUCAGCUACUUCCCUCAGAUUGUAUCUGUCGCGGCUCGAAUGUUGAAGGUCGCCAAAGCUCUUGAAAUCCCAACGGUGGUGACUGAACAAUACCCCAAAGGUCUAGGCCCAACAGUGCCGGAGCUGGGUGCAGAAGGACUUCGGAAAUACUCCAAGACGUGUUUCAGCAUGCUCAUCCCUGAGGUGGAGAAAGAGAUGGCGGCUGUCCCCAGCCUGAAGUCUGUGCUGCUGUGUGGCAUUGAGACACAGGCCUGCAUCAUGAGCACAGCGCUGGAUGUGAUGGAACGAGGACUGGAUGUUCAUGUUGUGGUGGACGCCUGCUCCUCUCGCAGCCAGGUGGACAGGCUUGUGGCCUUGUCUCGGUUACGUCAGAGCGGGGCUUUCCUUACGACCAGCGAAGGCCUUAUCCUGCAGCUUGUCAGAGAUUCGGCACACCCCUGUUUCCGAGAGAUCCAGAAACUGAUUAUGGACCCUGUCCCAGACAGUGGCCUCCUUCCCUUCCUGACAGCACCAAGCCCCCAGUUUUGACCUAGGUCAACUGCUCUGGGAAGAUGGCUCCCUUCCUUGAAAGCAUCCUCAUCCUUUGGUUCCUCCAGCCAGUGCCUCCUUUUGGGUAGGAAGGGAAGGAAUCGAGAGUAGGAGCUGUGCAUGUUGUUUUAUUUUUUGAACAGGAAGAUGCUGGAGUCGAAGCCAGCCUGAAAACCCUGCCUUCUAAUUCCAGUCACCUGGGGCCUUUAUGUGGGGUUUCAAUGUAAGGGAUUGCUUUGUAUACCGUCAGGAUUUUUUUUUUGCAUGAUCUUAUCUGUGACCUGCUGUUUUUAAGUAUCUCCAGGUCUCACCCUUAUGUGAGAGGAAGGAGGCUUUCUAUAAAGAAGGGAAGAUGCCAUCAAGAACAUUAUUGGUGUCUUCUGACAAAUUUGUACAUUUCUCUGGCAUGAAGCUGUAUGUAGAGGAAAGGGGUUUUGAUUUUGUAGCAGCUCCCAGAUUCUUCAACCAGAGAAUACCUAAACUUCACAAUCAGAAUAAAUGAUUUUGGUUGACUGGG